AUGCCUGUCCUAACCCCUGCUUUGUUUUGUCUUAGUCACAUUGAUCAGACAACAACCUGGCAGGACCCUCGGAAGGCCAUGCUCUCCCAGAUGAAUGUCACGGCACCCACCAGCCCUCCGGUGCAGCAGAACAUCAUGAACUCGGCAUCAGGCCCACUCCCCGAUGGAUGGGAACAAGCUAUGACCCAGGAUGGAGAAAUUUACUACAUAAACCAUAAGAACAAGACCACAUCUUGGCUAGACCCAAGGCUUGACCCACGCUUUGCUAUGAAUCAGCGGAUCAGCCAAAGCGCCCCAGUGAAGCAGCCGCCCCCGCUGGCCCCGCAGAGCCCCCAGGCUGGCGUGAUGGGUGGGAGCAGCUCCAAUCAGCAGCAGCAGAUGAGACUGCAGCAGCUGCAGAUGGAGAAGGAAAGGCUGAGACUGAAGCAUCAAGAACUGCUUCGGCAGGCAUUGCGGAAUAUCAAUCCCAGCACAGCAAAUUCUCCAAAACAUCAGGAAUUGGCUCUACGUAGCCAGCUUCCAACAAUGGAACAAGACGGUGGUUCUCAAAAUCCCGUGUCGUCUCCUGGAAUGUCUCAGGAACUGAGAACAAUGACUACAAAUAGUUCUGACCCCUUUCUUAACAGUGGAACAUAUCACUCCAGAGAUGAAAGCACGGACAGUGGACUUAGCAUGAGCAGUUACAGUGUACCCAGAACCCCCGAUGACUUUCUGAACAGUGUUGAUGAGAUGGAUACAGGUGACAGUAUCAGCCAAAGUAACAUACCGUCCCACCAGAACCGUUUCCCAGACUACCUUGAAGCCAUUCCAGGGACGAAUGUGGACCUUGGGACACUGGAAGGAGAUGGGAUGAACAUAGAAGGAGAGGAACUGAUGCCAAGUCUGCAAGAGGCUUUGAGCUCCGACAUCCUUAAUGACAUGGAGUCUGUCUUGGCAGCCACCAAGCUAGAUAAAGAGAGUUUUCUUACUUGGUUAUAGAGGCCUCAGGGAGACUGAAUUCUAAAUCUGUGAAGGAUCUAAGGAGAAUAGGACAUCUGUAUCUGAAGUUCAGAGCAAGCCAGUGUGGGAAACUUGGGCUUGUGUUCAGAAAAAGUAAAUGAACAAAUACUCAACAAGAUUCUUUCAUUUUGCUCUUCCUUGUCCAUCGCUGCUGUUAUAUAUUGCUGACUUUUUUCCACAGUUGACUCUGAAGAA